UCAUUUAAAGGUUAUACAACUGGCAGUACAUCAACUACAUCUUCUAGUUUACACAAAACAAACAAGCAGUCAGUAGCCCAAGUUAAUAUUCUUGGGCAUAAUGCUACCUACCAAAAUACUCGUACAUCUGCCCAAUCUAACGAGAUCUGUA